AUAUAUCGGUGUACAUCGCAAUCGGCCCGUCUGUGGUCUGUCCAACUCUGUAGUCUGUAGUUACUAGUCUGAACUUCUGUAGUCUAAAGUCUUACUUAUCUUUAUAGUGUGCACUCGGUACCUAUAUUUACGAAAACAAUUAUGAUAAUUGUUGUUGUUUAAUGUUCUCAUCCGUUCUAUUUAUUUUUCGCCGCGAGUUGAAUACAAGUCGACGAGCCGAUGUUCGAUAUCCGUCAUAGACCGUCCUCGCCGCCUACACUUAAUAUUCAUCACUGUUCACACUCGUCUUGCUGGUUUAGAAAACUCUACACCUGAACAAAACGAGUAGCCGUGUGUCGAUAGUUGAUACAGUAACGACUGUUCAUCGCAUAAUAUUGACGACAAGUUACUGAGUAUCGUUUUGUUAUACACGAUGGUUAAUUCUCAUUGAGUUGUGUGUGCAUGUGUCCGUGUCGUUCCGCCUGCAGCUUCUGAGAACAUUGACGGAAUGAGGUAACCAUUGUCGAGGUAGCUAGUGUUGCCUGCGUAAUUUCGUUGUGCUGUACAUCUGACACCCAUCGUUAUCGUUACUAGUCAUCGACAUGGAUCCUAGGGUGCAGCCUUCCAGCAAGUAUUUCCCAGUUGCAAUGACUGAUAAUGAAGAACCAUAUCCUAGUCUUUCUGAUUAUCAUGACUAUGAACCAAACUUAGAAUUUGAUGAUACUGAACUUCAAAGUCCAUCUGCAGAUAUUGAUUUGGAGAAAAGUUUAGCUAAUGUAAAUGGGACAGUAGGAACAUUAGAUUACAUGGAAUCACCUGUUUCUGACGGUACUAUUGAGGAAAAUUUUGAAGAAGAAUUAGUAAAUGCUCCUCAAGUUGAAGGUUUAACAUCUGUAAAUGAUACGGCAACAGGCAAUUUAUUAGAUGAUUUGGAAGCAGAUGAUUCUAAAGAAGAUGAAGACUUUAGCGAUGUUGCUGAAUGUGGUGUAGUUGAUGUAGUAGGUGAUGAUGCAGUUGGUCGUAAAAUUAUUGUUGUAUCAGCUUGCAAAUUACCAAGCAAUAAAGAAGUUGAUCAUCCAAGGCUUCUAAGGUAUCUAAUGUACACUUUGGACAAAUUUGUAGAACAAGACUACAGCUUGGUCUACUUCCAUUAUGGGUUGACAAGUAAAAAUAAACCAACGCUAUCAUGGCUAUGGCAAGCAUACCGCGCAUUUGAUAGAAAAUACAAAAAAAACCUAAAGGCUUUGUAUUUAGUACACCCAACUGGUUUUAUCAAAGUGGUUUGGCAACUUUUUAGAGCUGUUAUUAGUGCUAAAUUUGGCCGAAAAAUUAUGUAUGUUAACCAUUUACAAGAAUUGAAACUGUUCAUGGAUUUGGAUCAAUUAAUUAUUCCAGCUCCAGUCUUAGAUCAUGAUGAACAAUUAAUGAAAAAAUUAAAUAAAAGAAAAGUUUCAUUAGUUGAACAGGAAACUGAACAAAAACCUGAACCAUUACCAACUCAACAAUUUGGUGUUUCAUUACAGUUUAUAAAAGCAAACAAUAAUGGAGAAAUAAUUCCACCAUUGGUACAAAAGUGUGUUGAAUACUUAAGUCUACCAGAUGCCUUAGAAACUGAAGGAUUAUUUAGAAGAUCUGCAAACAUUAAUCAUUUAAGAGAUUUACAGAGUCGUAUCAAUCUAGGUGAACCAGUUGACUUUGGUAAUGAUGUACAUCUUGCAGCUGUUUUGUUGAAAACUUUUUUGCGAGAACUUGAAGAGCCUUUAAUGACAUUUGAUUUGUUUGAUGAGAUUACGCAAUUUCAAACACUUCCAAAAGACGAACGUCCUAGGCAAGUUAAAAUUCUGAUAUUGGAAAAACUACCUCUUGAUAAUUAUCAUUUACUCAAAUACCUUAUUCAAUUUUUAUCAAAAGUAAUGGAUAGAUGUGACCUGAAUAAAAUGACUUCGUCUAAUUUAGCAGUAGUUUUUGGUCCAAAUUUGGUACGCAGUCCAAAUAGUCAGUUAUCUUUAGCGGCGAUUGGUCCAAUUAAUGCUUUUACCGAUUUUGUACUAGUCAAUCAUGACCAAAUAUUCAUUAUAUGAUGACAGUAUAAAAUAUUUAGCAUAGUGUAUUCUGAAUGUAUUAUUUUGUGACAUGGUUUAUUUAACAUUCCAAAACUUAACUAUAUAUUAUUAACUUUAUAUGGUUGAAAUUUAUUUCACGGUUGUUUAAUUCAUACAUUUACUUACCAAUGAAAGUAUUUUUGUUAAUAUUUAUUUCUCUUAGUUUAUUUUUUUUCUAUUUUCAACUUUAAUCUCAAAAAUUUAAAUAAAAAGUGUUGGAAUUAAAAUAAUCAAGAUUCUAUCAAUAUAGUAUUUUGAAGGUUUAUAAUAUAAACUUAAUAUCAUUUAAAGUAUUAAUAAAAUAGCAGAUGAUAUGUAAUAUUGAACAAUAAACAUUUAAAAAAAAGAUAAUUAGGAAUUAACUUUAAACAUAGAUUUAAUAAAAAUAAUUGCUAUUAAAUUGUAUGUUGAAGUAGUAUGUUUUUAUGGUUUGUGAAUUAAUCUACCAUAAGUAAAAAUAGAAAUUCUUGUAAUUUUUAGCAAAUUGUUCUAUAUAGAUUCUAUGGUUAAUGCUCAUGUUUAAAGUCUUAUGACAUACCAUUUUUUUUUUACCAUAAGCAAUAACCUUAUUUAUUUGUUAAUAUUAUAUAUAUAAGCAUUUUAUUUUUUUAAUUUAAUAACUUAUGUAAAAUUUAUUCUUUUUUCUGGUUUAAUUAUAUUAUUAUUUAUCCAUUUUUGUACUAUAUAUUUACUGUAUAAUUUAUCAGGUUGUUAAUGAAUAGUUAGGAAUCACGUUAUUGACAAAUUUAUCUUGCAAAAAUCACUGCACUAGGUAAUGGGUACACAAUUUUUUAUUCAGAACGUUGUGUAUGCAUAUCAAAUUUAUUUAAUUUUAGGAAAUAAUAAUUUUAGUAUAUGAGUUUAAUUUUAAUAUAUUAGGUGUAAAACAUCCGCUUAAACAUUUUACAAAAAUAGUCUGUGAUCAAAAUGUAAAUGGUAAUGGAAUUUCAUCACUACAAUUAUUUUGAAAUUUUUCAACAAACAUUAAGAAUGAUAACUUUUCUUCAAUAAUAAUUUAUGUAAUCAAAUGUUUAUACUUAAUGUGAAUAUAUCUUAAAUCAUUUUAAACAGAUUAAAUUACCUUAUUUGAUCUGAUUCUGAUGCAAGUCAGUUAAUUUUGUGGUCCUUUUUAAAUCAAAGUAUUAAAACUUCGAACACAAAUUAUUACUCCUCAAUCAUUUAAAAUAACUUUAGUCAUGGAAAAUAGUAUUUGUUAUGUUAUAAUGUUUUUUGUCUUCAUAUUAUUCCAAGAUAGUAUAUAAACCUACUAAUUUUGUCUUAAUAAUUCAAAUUUUCAAUUACCUAUUUAUUAUUACAUCUAUUGGAUCAUAAUUUAUGAUUAAAACAUUGGAAUAUUUCAAUUUUUAUUUUAUUAUUUCAACAUAAUUUCUUAUGAAUAAAAUAUUAUUUGUUAAUCAUAUAUAAUACAUAUAUAAGUAUAGUAAAAAUCCAAGACAGUUUUCUAAAUUGGAUUUUAAAAAUGAAUAGAAAAAUUAUGUUUUAAUUACUUUUUAUUAUAUUCAUACUUUAAUAAUAGUAUUACAGUUAAUCAAAUAUAUGAAUUAAUUAUGAUUAUUACAUAAUAUCAAAUUGCUUUUCACCAACUAUAGUUUUAUAAACUCAUCUGAAAACCAUAACUUUAUUUGUAUACCAAAGAUUUUGUGUAUUAUUAUUAUUUAUUUUUUAUUUUUAGUUUAUUUUAAAAUUAUUAUUAAAAUGUUACCUAAUUUAUGUACAGACAAAUUACGCAUCCAUAUAUUCUGGUCAAAUAGUUCAUAAUUGAAACUUAGUGAUAUUUGUACAUCAUUGUUAUAAUGAUUUUAAUCCAUUUCGGGAGUUUUUGUACACAGUAAAGUAUAUCAUUAUUGUUGAUGCAUA